AUGUCUUACACUACUCGCCAAAUUGGUGCUGCAAACACUUUGGACUACAAAGUUUACAUCGAAAAGGAUGGCAAGCCGGUGUCUCCUUUCCAUGACAUUCCAUUGUAUGCCAACAAGGAGAAAACUGUUCUCAACAUGAUUGUUGAGGUCCCUAGAUGGACAAACGCCAAGUUGGAGAUCUCCAAGGAGCAGAAGUUGAACCCGAUCAUCCAGGACACGAAGAAGGGUAAGUUGAGAUUUGUCAGAAACUGUUUCCCUCACCAUGGUUACAUUCACAACUAUGGUGCCUUCCCGCAAACCUGGGAGGACCCUAACCAGGUCCACCCCGAGACCAAAGCUAAGGGAGACAAUGAUCCGUUGGAUGUUUGUGAAAUCGGAGAGCAGGUUGCCACUGUUGGUGAAGUGAAGCAAGUCAAGGUUUUGGGAGUUAUGGCUUUAUUGGAUGAAGGUGAGACCGACUGGAAAGUUAUUGUUAUUGACGUCAACGAUCCUUUGGCUCCUAAGUUGAACGAUAUCGAGGAUGUCGAGACCCACUUGCCAGGCUUGUUGAGAGCUACAAAUGAGUGGUUCAGAAUCUACAAAAUUCCAGAUGGCAAGCCCGAAAACCAAUUCGCUUUCUCUGGUGAAUGCAAGAACAAGAAGUACGCUGACGAAGUUGUUGCAGAGUGUGCUGAAGCUUGGGACAAGUUGAUCAAUGGUGUUUCUCAACCGGGUGAAAUUGAUUUGACCAACACUACUUUGUCUACCUCUGCUUCGUUCUCCGAAACUGCUGAUAUUCCGGCCGCUUCUCCUGAGCCUGCUGCUCCAAUUGACAAAUCCGUUGACAAGUGGUUUUUCAUUUCUGGUGCUCACUAA